UUAUACGCUGUGUGUUCAUGUAGAGUACCCCCCAUAUGAAAUUAUCUGCUUUGAACACCUUGUACUCUUGAGUUUUUUUUCUUCUUUUAAAGCGAAGAAAACUACUUUUUCUUGAAUUGGGUACAAGGUACAAUCCUUUUGUUGUAAUUGUAAUGUGUGCAUACAUACAGAUGAACUUUUUACCUCACCAAUGGCUUCCACCGUAGUAUAGAAAAAGUACAGAUGAAGCCUAGGCAUAAAAUGCUCUUGCUCAUAAUCUGCAUAGAGAGAAGGUAGGAGAGAAACUUAGUUAAGGGUGGAUAGGUGUUUAGGAUGAGAGUUCUUGACCUUAACUUCUAUACAAUGGAGAUGUUGAUGAUGGUGUAUGUCUUUCAGGUUUUCUUCCUCUGUUUUCUGGGUCUCACUGCAGGUGCAGGUCAAGAAUCUUUCGAGCUUCUUACUCUUUACGACACAAACUCAGACAUGCUUCAACCACGGUCUUCCGGCUCUUAUCGUCGUCCAAUCGCCGUUUCAUUGGAUGAUAAAAAUCUUCGAGAGGUCUCCACCAGUGUUUUAAUGGCUGAAACUUGGCUCAGAAACUACGUUCUGGCUCACUACCCUUCUUCCAAAAUCACCACCAUUGUCGCGAGUCACAGCCUUCUCUGCCAUAAUGACCAAGAAAACAACUUAGGUCUGGUUCUAACGUCGUUGAAGAACCUUUACCAUUCUCUUACAAGGUGGGGAUUGGAGAAAGAUAUCAAGGUCUCUGUAAAUUUCUCUUUUGAUUGUUUAAAUCCAAACUCUGUUUUCUUCAAAGAUGAAUUUGCAGGGAACGUUGUCAAAUCUCUGUUACAGUUUCUCCAGAGCGUAAACUCAACUUUCUCCGUGCACCCACUGGAUAAGUUUCUCCCUUUAUCGGAGGAGAAUGUACGUUUGUUGUCUUCUCGCUUGGUUUCCAUGAAAAAGCUUGGAUCUUUCAACAACGUAAAUGUGAUAAUCGCCGAAGAAAAUCACGCAGAGAAAAGGCUCGAGAGUAGGAAGCUUUCUUUCAUGGAAACCAAGCUUGUAGACCCAUACCUAGCUAGACCAAGUCCAUUACCCGAAAUCUCUCCUCUUCAUUCCUCCAUUGGCUUUUCUGCUCCGGCCAAUAUCGCCAAAAACCCACACGGGGCCCCAAUUCCCCAACCGCCGCUCUCUUUCCCUCUUGUUUCUCCACCGCCGAUGUUCAUUCCCCCAGCAGAUUCUCCUUACAGCUUCUCAUUGCCUCCUUGUAACCCCGUGGACUCGCCGGCGCCGGCGCCGGCGGUGGCGGAGAUAGUGCAGAGGCUAUGGUGCGUGGCGAAACCAAGCGUUCCGGCGGAAAGGUUGCAGGAGGGAUUAGAUUAUGCAUGCGGCUAUGAAGGGGUUGAUUGCGAAGGGAUAAAGCCGGAAGGCAAGUGUUUCUACCCAGAUACACUUGUUGCUCAUGCGUCAUAUGCUUUCAAUAGCUACUGGCAGAAGACGAAGAGACAUGGAGGCACUUGUAGUUUUGGAGGAACCGCCAUGAUUAUCAAUGCUGACCCAAGUUAUCUUGAGUGUCGGUUUGUUCUGAGGUGAGGGUGGUAAUGGAGAAUAUUGUUGUUCGGGAUGUUUUGGUAGAGAGUCGGACCGCGGUGGGGUCUGAUUGAAAGAUGAAGUUGUCUGCUUUUCUCCGAAUACAAAUAUUCGUUGCGAGUACCAAGUAGAAAAUUUACUGUUCUUUUUUACUUUUUUGGAAUAUUUUAACCGUUGUAGGUAAGUGGGUGAGUAAUUUUAUGCAAAAAAAGGAACAACUCUUUUGACUCGUA